GAAAGGUUCUGUUUUGGUUUCGACUUGCUAUGGCGGCUGUGAGUUGGUUUGCAUGCAGGCAACUGCCUCGCAUCGCGUCCCAGUUCGGUCGGUACCUGAGGCGGACUGGACCGCUCCACCCCGGAGCCCCGGUGCGGAGAUUCACGCCGACUCCUCGCUCGCGGAUCGCGGAGAAAGGUUCAUGGGGCAAAACGCGGAUACUGGAGCAAUCUCAUUUGACAGAACUCGAUAAGGCGGAUGCACUGAUGUUGAGAAAGUCCCAUGAGACAGGAUUCCUCUCCUGGUUCCGUAAUGGCCUGCUAGCCACAGGGAUAGGGGUCAUCGCAUUUGUACAGAGUGAUGUGGGCAGGGAAGCUGCUUAUGCGUUCUUCAUCCUGGGCGGCGUGUGCGUGUCGUUCGGCGGGGCGUCGUACGUGAGCAGCCUGUUCGCCCUGCGGCGCACCAUGCUGCUGUCCGUGCCGGCGGCUCUGCUCCACAGCCUGGUGGUCAGCAGCGUCGCCCUCUUCUGGCUGUGCGCGGUAUCGCUGUACAUCGGCCGGCUGGAGGUGGAGAUCAUCCACGAGGACGAGGAGGACGACGGCGAGGGCGGGAAAGGCCAGGACAAGUGA